GCUCAGGGUGGCUAAUCGGGGCCCGGAGGUUAGCGGGGCGGCGACGGCAUGGCCGGGGGCUGGUGGGCAAAGGCGCAGGGUGGGGGGAUGCUGCUGGCUCUCCUCGGAUGGAUCAGCUCCUGCGUCACCACCUUCGUGCCACUCUGGAAGAACCUCAACCUGGACCUGAACGAGCUGGAGGUCUGGAACAUGGGGCUCUGGCAGGUCUGCAUCACCCAGGAGGAGGGGGUGGUUGAAUGCCAAGCCCACGGCUCCUUCCUGGCGCUGCCCCCCGAGCUGCGCAUCUCUCGCCUCCUGAUGUGCCUCUCCAACGGGCUGGGGCUGCUGGGCUGUCUCCUGGCUGCCCUAGGGCUGGAGGGCUGGAGAACCUGCGAGGACAAACCUGGGCGAAAGCAGCAGCUCCUGCUUGGCGGGGGUGCGGCGCUUGGCAUGGCAGGGAUCACCACGCUGGUGCCAGUCUCCUGGGUCGCCUACAACACCGUCCUCGACUUCUGGGAUGAGACUGUCCCCGACAUCGUGCCCAGGUGGGAGUUUGGGGAGGCCACCUUCCUGGGGUGGUUUGCUGGAGCCUUCCUGGCCACUGGCGGACUGCUCCUUGCCUGCAGCUCCCGCGCCACGAGCACCGCAAUGCCGCUGGCCCCCGCCUGCCGCCAGCACCCCGCUGCGCCAGGGCUGCCCGGGGGCCACCACCUGCACCCCAAAAAUGCAGACUUGGUCAUCUAGGGACUCAGGGUGCUGUGCCCUGUGCACCUCGUGGCUCUUCCCCUGGCAGGGAGGGCUCCUGCUUGUUUCACAGGAUGAUUUGCUAAUUUCUACGAUAGCUCUGCAGGUUUCUCUCCUUCCUCUGCGUGUCUGCUUCACCUUUUCUCUGUUAAGGAGCAGCAGAUUUCCCUGCAGCACUCACCAAGCAAGCGUGGGAAGGCAACAAGCAGCGGGCAGCACUGUACUGCUGGUGACAGCGUGGUACCAUCACUGAUGGGUGACAUUGUGUUGGCAUCCCUGGCGAGGCUCCCAUAGCCAAGUGUGUCAUAGCUAAUGCUGCGCUCCAGCACAGCAGCUCUUUCCUUGCACGUCUGUAUUGCUCUGAAAUAUUUGCAAUAAAUUAUCAUGCCCA